CUAAAAUUUCAUUAAAGAAAAUGGCCAAAAUUAUUCAAAAAGAAAGAGCAGUUUUUAUCAAGGAACAGAAAUUAGACCAGAAAGUAGCAGGAGUAGUGAGGAAUAAGCAUGCUGGGUCGAUGCUGCAGAGGACCUGUUCUACACUUGUUUGAAAGUUCGAAGAUAUUUCAAAUAGAGUGAAGGACUUUUUCAAAAGCAGGAAUAGUCAUAUAGCUUGUAAGAAGUUAUUACUCUGGGGGCCAACUAUUAAGAAGAAAGGAACUAUUGAAAAGUUGGUACAACUCCUAUGACUGAAAACAGUCAUGUUUGAAAAGCUAGUCUUACAACAAUCUAUCAAAAAGAAAUCAAUUUUCCCAAAAUAAAAUUGUCAAUAUAUUUCACUCAAUUACUAAUUCUAUCGAAAUCAGCAAUAUGAUAAUCUCUCACAAACCCCUUCUAUCAAUCCUCUCCACCGCAACACACGUCAGACAAAUAAGUUUCCUAAACUGCCACAUCGAAAUCCCUCCAAAAACCCUCAAACCCACCUUCACCUCCACCCUCCACAGCCUCUCCUUCACCAGAUGCACAUUCCAUCACAAAACCACCCCUCAAAACAUAACCUCCCUCACAACCUACCUCUCCACUCCCCUCCUCCUUCCCUCCCUCAGACUCCUCCACCACGUCCAAUCCUUCGGUUCCCACACAACCUUCCAAAUCCCCAGUGGGAUCCCUCUUCAGAGCUCAGGAGCCCGACCGUAGUAUAAUUAAUUUGUAACUCUUAAGCUUGAAGAUUUAAGAAAUUUG